GGUAGUGACGUAGAUGCCACAAUUUGGCACUUGAAGAACUUGCCUCUUUAUGAGACGACCAAACCAUACAGCGUCAAUCUCCCACUUCCAAUGAUACUUCCUGGGAAACGCACAAACUAAGUGUCAAGCGCUUGCGCAAAUAUUCGCUUUCGAGACAUGAGAAACCAUCAGGACAAGUUGAGUCUGGAUACCAAUGGCUUCAUAUAUACAACGGAGAUGAUAUCUGCUUUAACGGAUGAAGAUUUUGGUGACACAGGCAAGGUUUCGGAAGUCUAUAUAAGCAAUGGGGCCGACUACUUGAAGCGCUCUCUCGGAGCCAAAGAGGCUGUGUUUCUAGCACAAAACAUUCGUCGCCGACACGAAAGCUUUCCAGCACUUCCGCGAGCAAACUACAACACGAGCGCCGAUCAACCAAUUCAGGGUGCCCAUGUCGAUUACCCUACAUCUCGAGUUCACGACCUAGUCCGACGUAUAUUCAAGGAGGAAGCGGGAAAUCAGCUGUUGCGUGAGAAUCGGAUCCAGGUCAUUCACGUUUGGCGGCCCUUAAGAGGCCCUGUCAUAGACUGGCCACUCGCUCUCUGCGAUUACAGCUCCCUAGACGUUGACACGGAUCUCGUCGCGACCGACAAUGUCUAUCCACACGUUGUUUCUGAGACCUUCAACGUAUUCCACAAUCCAAAGCACGCUUGGUACUAUCUGAGCAAUCAGAUGCCUCAUGAGAGCUUGAUCUUCAAAGGCUUCGACAAUGCCGAGAAGGUGGCAAAACAUUGUCCACACGCAGCUUUCGAGCUGAUGAACACUUGGGACCCCGAUCAAUUCCGCGAAAGUGUUGAGUGCGCGUUCUUGCUUGUGUAUUCUCAGUAGUGAGACUUCGCCAGAAAUGGUAUAGUUAGCAACAAGUCAGAACAUGAAUAGACACGCAUAUGCCAUGCGUUGAAACGUGCCUCGGCACUAUUAGCUCCACGGUAGAGUCAGCAUCAUCUCCAGGCAACAACACCAGAACCAGAAAUCACUUGAAAUAGAACAU